GUGUGUUACAUAGUUACCUUAGGUGAUACCUGUUGUGGCCACGUUAGAAUAAAAACAAGCUGGCCUGUUUCUUUUUUACUUUUUUAGUAUGGCCACUUGGUAAUUUAAAAUGGCACUUACGGUUGGCAUCGCAUUUCGAUUGGACAGCGCUCAACUGAAGUAUUGGUCAUUUAGCAAGUGGAUGUGCGGGGUAACAUGUCCAGUGUGUCCAAGGAGAGAAGAAAAAGGCAGCACAACAUUAAGGAAGGUCUACAGUUCAUCCAGUCUCCGCUGUCAUAUCCAGGGACCCAGGAGCAGUAUGCGGUAUAUUUGCAUGCGCUCGUGAGAAAUCUUUUUAAUGAAGGAAAUGAUAUUUAUCGGGAAUGUAAUUGGAGUAGCUCUCUAAGUCAGUACUCGGAAGCUUUGAGUAUAGCUAAUUAUGCAAAGUCUGAAGAAAUUGUAAUUCCUAAAGAAAUCAUUGAAAAACUUCAUAUAAAUCGUAUUGCCUGCUACUCUAAUAUGGGUUUCCCUGAUAAAGUUUUAGAAGACUGUAACGCUGUCCUCAGUGUUAAUGCCAAUAACUGCAAGGCAUUGUACCGGAAGUCUAAGGCUCUCAGUGACUUAGGACGCUACAGAGAGGCCUAUGAUGCUGUCGCAAAGUGCUCCUUAGCAGUGCCUCAGGAUGCACAUGUAAUAAAACUAACUCAAGAAUUAGCUAAGAAGUUGGGAUUUAAAAUAAGGAAAGCAUAUGUUAGAGCUGAGCUCUCACUGAAACCAGUUCCUGGGGAUGGAGCCACCAAGGCUCUGAACUGUUCUGUGGAAGAUAUUGAACCAGAUUUGUUAACCCCAAGGCAAGAAGCAUUUCCGGUUGUCUCCCUUCCUACAUCUAGUUUUCCUCAUGACAUUGGGAGUGAGCUGGCCUCGGCUCCUGUAAUGCCUGCUGUGACUUCUGUUUUGCAACUGCAAGUGGAUGAGAGCCCUCUGCCCUCCACCGUCUUUGCAAACGGAGGGAAGAUGCCCUUUGCCAUGCCAGACGCUUUUGUAGAUGAUGGAGACAUUGUCCUGGGGGAUGAACUAGAUGAUCUCCUUGAUUCUACCCCGGAAACAAAUGAUGCUGUUAUGUCCUCCACUCUGGUCAGAGGAGCCCUCUCCACAGCCAGAGUGCCUCCUAGCUUGCCCUUCAGGACACCAUCUCUGCUUCGAACCUCGCCCAUUGGUUCGAGGUAUGCGCCUCAACCUUCCUUUGCAGAGUUGUAUCCACCUCUGACUUCAUCCUUAGAAGACUUUUAUUCUUCUUUAAAUUCAUUUUCAGUGACUGAAUCCAAACGAGAUCUGUCCACCUCAACUGCUAGAGAGGGAACAACGCUUAACAACAGUAAUUCCUCCCUUUUACUUAUGAAUGGACCAGGUAGUUUGUUCACCUCUGAAAAUUUCCUGGGACUUCCAAGUCAGCCUAGAAAUACCUUUGGAAACUUUUUUGGAAGUGUGAUUGCAAAACCAGUUUCAUCAGGGACUCCUAGGCAUCCCCUGGAAGGAACCCAUGAGCUGAGGCAAGCUUGCCAGGUCUGCUUCGUAAAGUCAGGCCCUAAGUUAAUGGAUUUCACUUACCAUGCUAAUCUAGAUCACAAGUGUAAGAAAGAUAUUUUAAUUGGUAGGAUAAAAAAUGUUGAAGAUAAAUCAUGGAAAAAAAUACGACCAAGACCAACAAAAACAAAUUAUGAAGGACCAUAUUAUAUAUGUAAAGAUGUUGCUGCCGAUGAUGAAUGUCGAUAUUCUGGCCACUGUACAUUUGCUUAUUGCCAAGAAGAGAUAGAUGUGUGGACCCUGGAAAGAAAAGGGGCAUUCAGUCGAGAGGCAUUUUUUGGUGGCAAUGGAAAGAUCAGCCUUACUGUGGUCAAACUUCUCCAAGAGCAUCUUGGAGAGUUUACAUUCCUUUGUGAGAAAUGUUUUGAUCAUAAACCUAGAAUGAUAAGUAAAAGAAAUAAAGAUAAUUCCACUGCUUGUUCUCACCCGGUUACAAAGCAUGAAUUUGAGGACAAUAAGUGCCUUGUCCACAUUUUGAGAGAGACUACUGUAAAAUAUUCCAAAAUACGUUCUUUUCAUAGUCAGUGUCAGCUCGAUUUAUGUCGACAUGAGGUCCGUUAUGGCUGCCUAAGGGAAGAUGAGUGCUUCUACGCCCAUAGUCUGAUUGAGUUGAAAGUCUGGAUAAUGCAAAAUGAAAGAGGUAUCUCCCAUGAUGCUAUUGCUCAAGAAUCUAAACAAUAUUGGAGAAGUUUGGAAGCAAGCAUGCCUGGAGCACAGGUACUUGGCAAUCGAAUAAUGCCUGGAUUACUUAACAUGGAGAUAAAGUUUGUAUGUGCUCAGUGUCUGAGAAAUGGCCAAGUCAUUGAACCAGACAAGAACAGAAAAUACUGCAGUGCCAAAGCACAGCACUCGUGGACCAAAGAACGUCGUGCGAUGAGAGCGAUGUCUUUUGAACGUAAGAAGUGGAUGAACAUCCGUCCUCUCCCCACAAAGAAACAAAUGCCUUUACAGUUUGAUCUGUGCAACCAUAUUGCUAAUGGAAAAAAAUGUCAGUUUGUUGGCAAUUGUUCAUUUGCUCAUAGUCAUGAGGAACGAGAAGUGUGGACUUACAUGAAGGACAACAGAAUUCAUGAUAUAGAGCAAUUUUAUGAACUCUGGCUAAAGAAUCAAAAAAGUGAAAAAAGUGAUGAUGUAGCCAGUCACUCUAACAAAGACAAUGGGAAACAGAUCCACAUGCCCACAGAUUAUGCUGAAAUUACUGUGGACUUCCACUGCUGGAUGUGUGGGAAGAACUGUAACAGUGAGAAGCAGUGGCAAGGCCAUAUCUCCUCCGACAAACACAAGGAGAAGGUCUUCCACACUGAGGACGACCAGUACUGCUGGCAGCACCGCUUCCCCACCGGCUACUUCAGCAUUUGUGAGAGGUAUAUGAAUGGCGCCUGCACAGAAGGAAGCAGCUGUAAAUUUGCACAUGGAAAUGCUGAACUUGAUGAAUGGGAAGAAAGAAGAAAGGCCCUACAGAUGAAACUCAAGAAAGCACGAAAAGAUCACUUAAUUGCCCCAAAUGAUAAUGACUUUGGAAAAUAUAGUUUUUUGUUUAAUGAUUUAAAGUAAUUCGCUGGCUUUUAUGUAACCCAAUCAGAGCACUGACCAGAAAACUUAGAAGUGUUGAAAGGCACGUAGCAGAGGAGCCGCAGAGUUUCUGCUUGAUUGGCAUCUAUCGUUCCUCCUGAGCAGCAACCCACAGUAGAUAGGAAAUGGCUGUUGACAGGCCUGGCCAAGCUCUUGCGGAGCCACUGGCGUCAGAUGAAGAACAGACUUUGGAUGAGGUGUGUGGGGAGGAGGAUAAGGUUCCUAGGAUGGCUCUCUGAGAUA